AUGGAAGAGUAUGUGGCUGAGUUCUUCUUUAAAAGAAGUUUAUCUUGUUUAAGUGAGAGUAGUAGUAUAUCUUGUCCGAUUAAGAUAAGUUUAAGUGAUAGUUUAGAUAGUCAAAAUCAAAAGACUAAUCUAAAUCUAAGUUUAAAUCUAAGUUUAAAUCAAAAGUUAACUUAUCAGAUAGCGAUAGUAGCUUAUGAAAAAGUUGUUUUAAUUGAUCCUUUAACUCUAUCUAUCAUUAAAGAGAUAGAACAUGGAUGUACUAAUUUAAUAACGGCUAUUUGUGGCGUAGUAAGAGAGGGUGGGAUGUACUUAGGCCUGGGAAUGGAUAAUGGGUUAGUACGGAUAGUUGAUGGAAUGGGAGAGGAAGUUAGUGGGUAUAGAGAACAUGAUAAGCGAGUUUUAGGUAUUAUUGAUAAUGGAGAUAUUUUUGUUUCUUAUUCUAGUGAUAGAUUGGUUGUUUUUGAUUUACGUACUGAGAGUUUAGUUGUUAGUUUUGGUUUAGAUCUGAAGAUUAGUACGGUUAGUUUACUAGAUAACGGUAAGUUAGUAGUAGGUACUGAGAGUGGAGUAGGACAUAUUUACUUAGUAGAUGACUUAAUGAUAGGAGUAGUUAGUGCUGAAGUAGUUAGUGUAGGUAGUGGGGUUAUCUUAGGAGUUGGUUUAAUGAGUAGUAGUAGUAGUAGUAGUAGUAGUAGUAGUCUUAGUGAUAUUUAUUGGGUCUUAUCUGAAGUAAUUUACUGUUUAUCUAGUAGUGGGGUUAAGAAGAUACCAUUAGGACAUCGGAUUAGUAACAAUUUCUUAGUAAUAUCUGGAUCUUAUCUUUUAUCUAGAGAUACAAAAAGCAAGUAUCAUUUAUUGCAAAUUCAAGCAAAUUCACAACUAACUGAGAUCUAUAACUUUAAAAACAGUAGACCUUUAAGAAGUUUGUUACUUUUAGAUAAGUAUUGUGACAGGUACUUAGAUAAGUAUUUUAACAAUUUAGAUAAGCAUUUAGAUAACAAUUUAGAUAACAAUUUAGAUAACCCAACUCAACUUAACCCAACUCAACUCAAUCCAUCUCCUGUUCUUAUCUUUUCUGAUAACGGACUUAGUAUUUAUAACAAUGCUGAAGAGUACUGUAGUACAGAUGCUGGUCGUGAGAAUCUUUUAGGGGUUGUUACUAUUGGAGAUAUGGUUUUGGGUCUUUCUAAUUCGGCUGGGCGAGUCUUUGCUCGUUUAGUGAGUAAAGAGGAGGUUGAACCACUUAGAUCUUCAGCUGUUCUUUUUACUGAUGAAGAUAUGACUUGUUUAGCUGCUGAUAAGAUAAAACAACAAAUCUUGAUAGGCAGAAAAGAUGGAUAUUUAGUUAUUAGAGAUAGUUUUGGUAGUUUAAUUAGUAGUGAACUUAUUGUUGCUAAAACACCUAUCAGUAGUAUUGCUGUGGUAGGAAGUAUUAGAGCUAUUGGGGCUGGAAGUAUAGUUUACUUACUGGGUGAGAAUGAAGCCCGUGAAGAGAUUCAUUAUGAUGAUGAAGUAGUAAGUCUUUGUCUUUCAGCUGAUGGUGGCUUAGUUUUAGCAGGUUUAGCAGAUAAUACUGUACGUGUUCAUCGUUUAGAUGGUGAACCUGUUUUAAGUCUUUAUGGUCAUUCUGUGCCUGUCUUAUCUAUUUUUGUUUGUUUAGAUAGUGAAAGGGUUUUUACUUUAGGUGGAGAUAAACUAGUUAAAGUUUGGGGAUUACGUCAUGGUGAUUGUCGUAAGACUUUAAAUCCUGGUGAUCCUUUAGGUAUGAUUAUUCAUAAUAACUUACUAGUCAUUAGUACAGUUACUGGUCUUAUCUACUAUUUAAAAGAGAGUUUAGAACAAGUUAAACGAGUUAGUUCAUCUUUAGGUAAGAAAAGAGGUAUUUUAGGGAGUAAUAAGAUAGCAGUUUAUGAACACCAUUUGUUUACUGUUCGUGAUGGAUCUUUAGCUUACUUUAGUGAAGGUGAGGACGGAACUACUCCAGCUGAACAAAGAGCUAAAGAAGAGAACGAAUUAGAAGUAGAGAGUAUUGCUAAGGAGAAACGAAUAUUUAAGGUAGAAGCAGCUUUAGAACUAGAAGAAGGACUUGAGGAGAAAGAUAGUCGUAAAGUCUAUCAAGCACUUUUAAGAAUGCCUAAAUCUGAUAUCAGUCGAGUAGUUGGAAGUAUGGGUACACAAAUGCGAGAAGUCUUUGCUGAAGUAUUAGUAGAGAUAGUAGAUAAGGAGGAGUAUAAUCCUCUUUAUUUAGGAUGGAGUAUUAAGUGCUUAUUUAAUCAGGAGAGGUUAACUCAACUCUUACCAGCCCAAGCAGUCGUGCGUGAACAUUUGAGAAGACAGGCUAGAUCGGCUAUGGCGGCACAAUCGGCUUUGCAAUGGCUGCUUGAUUCAAGCUAA